AUGAAUAGCAUCACAGAAACGCUAAAUCGUGGGAAGCCCGUCAUCGUGGUACCCGUCUUCGGUGAUCAAUUACGUAAUGCUGUGCUGGCGAAGCGAGCCGGUUUUGGUAUAAUGCUACCGGUUUCGGAUCUUCAAGAAGAGAAGAAACUCAGUGAUGCGUUCGAACGGAUUAUCAAUGAUAAAACAUUUGCGCAAAAGGCGGAGCAGCUGUCCAGAAUGAUAGCAAAAAGGCCCAACUCGGCCAAGGAACAGUUGAUAAGGCACGUGGAAUUUGCCGCUGAAUUUGGUCAAAUACCGAACUUUGAUCCGUACGGCAGGAAGAUGUCGUUCAUAUCAUAUUUCAUGCUUGAUAUCAUUGUACCAUUCAUAAUAAUUAUAGCACUUUUAUUAGCUUUGUUUUGCUAUGCGUGUUAUAGGCUGAUCAAGAAGAUGGCCCUAGAAAGUAGUAGUAGAACCGAAGAAAAAUGUGCUAAAAAAGAUCAGUGA